GAAGCUGGCAGCAAGCAGAACGUUACACGUUACUAGUUUGAUGUGAAGAAAUCUUAUUUUUUGUUUAUGAAAAAAGUCUAUAUAAAAAAAGUUUAAAUUUGUGUUUUUUCUCUUCGUUGACGAUUUUAAAAUGGCUGCUGCAACAUCUGUAAUUGUACUUGAUAGAUCAAAUAAUACAACAUGUACAAUUAAUUUACAUGGUGCAACUGUAGUUUCAUGGAGAGUUAAUAAUCAAGAACAGCUAUUCGUUAGCAAAUUAGCUGUUUUUGAUGGUAAGAAAGCUAUUCGUGGAGGGAUUCCAUUUGUUUUUCCACAAUUUGGUGCAUCACAGUUUGGUCCAAACCAUGGUUUUGCAAGAAUUGUCAGAUGGACGCUUGAGCGCGGACCAGAAAGGCUUCCAAAUGGUGACAUUGAAGCAGUACUAAGCUUGUGCGAUAGCGAUUUUUCUCGCUCAAUGUGGAACUACCCGUUCCGGAUCACAUACCGAAUAAUAUUAAGAGAAAAGGAAUUACAUUUUCAUAUUGGAGUUUAUAAUCCAAGCAAAGAGCUAGCUUUUUCAUUUAAUCUUUUAUUGCAUACAUAUUUAAAAGUACCAGACGUUCGAAGAUGUCAAAUUACAGGUCUACAUGGUUGUACUUUCAUUGAUAAAACAAGAGACGGUGCAAUCUAUCAAGAAGGACGAGAAGUUGUUACUGUAAAUGAAUGGACUGAUCGAAUUUACCAGCACACUCAACAAGAGCAUAUUAUUACCAACGUUGUGUCAGGAAGAAAAAUGAGACUUCAAAAAUACAACUUUCCAGAUACAGUAAUUUGGAAUCCUUGGUUAGAUAAAGCACGAGAAACUCCAGAUUUUGGUGAUGAUGAAUAUCCUAAUAUGGUUUGUGUUGAAGCUGGUCAUGUCAGCUCACCUGUUUUGUUGCUUCCAGGUACAGCUUACGAGGCAUCUCAAAUUUUACAAGUAAUUGUUAAUCCGAAACGGUGAAAUUCAAGGAAGGCUCAGCGCCUUCAAAAUCAGAAUCAGCCUCCAACUCCAAUUCAGCAGCCUCAACAACCUUCUUCAACUCAUUUACCACAUACAACACAACAUCUUUCAUUUAAUCCUUUUAUUAGAUAA